UCCGUGUUCUGGACGGUUCUGCGGGCGUCUUUAAGGAGCCGCGGGAGAGAGAUGCUGCUGCAGCCCGCAGGACCCUGACAGACUCGCGGAGAAGGGCCCAGAAUCCCACAUAUCAGCUGAUACAGAGCCGAAAGUCAGAGUAUUGUCAGGCAGCAGAAACCAUGUCAAAGGGACCAGCAGUUGGCAUUGACCUCGGGACCACCUACUCAUGUGUAGGCGUCUUUCAGCAUGGCAAAGUUGAAAUCAUUGCCAAUGACCAGGGCAACCGCACCACACCCAGUUACGUCGCCUUCACAGAUACAGAGAGGCUGAUUGGAGAUGCUGCAAAAAAUCAAGUCGCCCUGAACCCCAACAACACAGUGUUUGAUGCAAAGAGACUGAUUGGACGGCGAUUUGACGAUCAAGUUGUCCAGGCAGACAUGAAACACUGGCCGUUCACAGUAAUCAAUGACUCCUCACGGCCUAAAGUUCAAGUUGAAUACAAAGGCGAGACCAAGGCAUUUUAUCCUGAGGAGAUCUCCUCAAUGGUGCUUGUGAAGAUGAAAGAAAUUGCGGAGGCUUACCUUGGAAAGACUGUCACAAAUGCAGUUAUUACAGUACCUGCAUACUUCAAUGACUCUCAGCGUCAGGCUACAAAGGAUGCAGGGACCAUUUCUGGACUAAAUGUUCUGCGAAUCAUCAACGAACCAACUGCAGCUGCUAUUGCCUAUGGCCUGGACAAGAAAUUGGGUUCAGAGAGAAACGUGCUGAUUUUUGAUCUUGGUGGUGGCACUUUUGAUGUGUCCAUCCUUACAAUUGAGGAUGGCAUCUUUGAGGUCAAGUCCACUGCUGGAGACACUCACCUGGGCGGUGAAGACUUCGACAACCGCAUGGUCAAUCACUUCAUCUCUGAGUUCAAGCGCAAGUACAAGAAAGACAUCAGCGACAACAAGAGGGCAGUGCGUCGUCUGCGGACAGCCUGCGAGCGGGCCAAGCGCACCCUCUCCUCCAGCACUCAGGCCAGCAUUGAGAUCGACUCACUCUACGAGGGCGUUGACUUCUAUACCUCCAUCACCAGGGCUCGCUUCGAGGAGCUGAACGCUGACCUGUUCCGGGGAACCCUGGACCCAGUUGAGAAGUCUCUCCGUGAUGCCAAGCUGGACAAGUCCCAGAUCCAUGACAUUGUCUUGGUUGGAGGUUCUACCCGCAUCCCUAAAAUCCAGAAGCUGUUGCAAGACUUCUUCAAUGGAAAAGAGCUCAACAAGAGCAUAAAUCCUGAUGAGGCUGUUGCGUAUGGCGCAGCUGUCCAGGCAGCCAUUUUGGCAGGAGAUAAGUCUGAAAACGUGCAGGACCUGCUACUGUUGGAUGUCACUCCUUUGUCCCUUGGUAUCGAGACAGCUGGUGGAGUCAUGACCACCCUGAUCAAACGCAACACUACCAUCCCAACCAAACAAACGCAGACGUUCACCACUUACUCAGAUAAUCAGCCUGGUGUGCUCAUUCAGGUGUAUGAGGGUGAGAGGGCCAUGACUAAGGACAACAACCUGCUUGGGAAGUUUGAGUUAACAGGCAUUCCUCCUGCACCCCGUGGCGUUCCUCAGAUUGAAGUUACCUUUGACAUUGAUGCUAAUGGUAUCAUGAAUGUCUCUGCAGUAGACAAAAGCACUGGCAAGGAGAACAAAAUCACCAUCACUAAUGACAAAGGUCGUCUCAGCAAGGAGGAAAUCGAACGAAUGGUCCAGGAGGCUGAGAAGUACAAGGCUGAGGACGAUAUCCAGCGAGACAAAGUGGCCGCCAAGAAUGGCCUUGAGUCAUAUGCUUUUAACAUGAAGUCCACGGUUGAGGAUGAGAAAUUGAAAGGCAAGAUCAGCGAUGAGGAUAAGCAGAAGAUCCUGGAUAAAUGCAAUGAGGUCAUCAACUGGCUGGACAAGAACCAGACUGCUGAGAAAGACGAGUUUGAGCACCAGCAGAAGGAGCUGGAGAAGGUAUGUAACCCCAUCAUCACCAAGCUGUACCAGAGUGCAGGGGGCAUGCCGGGUGGGAUGCCAGAGGGAAUGCCGGGAGGAUUCCCGGGGGCUGGAGCUGCACCUGGAGGAGGAUCUUCUGGACCAACCAUUGAGGAAGUCGACUAAACUGUCCUUAGAUGUUUUCUACUGGUUCUAUGGUGCACAGUUGUUCUUCUUUGGUGGCAUGUUUCUAAACUUGUAAUCUAUCUGACCUUUACUUGUGACUUCACUUGUGAGGUAAUGACUUACUGUAAAGUAACAGGAGUUGUGACUCAUUGACAUUUAUCAGUUCUCUGACUGUUAGAAAAGCAUGUUUACACAAUGAUGUUACUGAGUGUGACAGCUAGUGCUUCAUUUCUCUCACCCUCUUUUGUUCAGUCUUUAGAAUAUACACAUCUCAAAUCUCUGGGUAUAUGCAAGUUGUACACUCUGCUCUUUACAAUGAACAAGCAGUUCUCUCAGUAUGUUGUAUUUGAUUGAAUUUUGUACGUUCUCAUAAUUGAGGCUUUAGUUGCCGCUGUUUAAGAAACUCACAAUGCAUGUUUAUACAUUGUGUAGUAACACAGCUUGGCCUACAUACUCUCAAGAAAAAUUGCUUUAUUGUGAAAUAAAGAUGAGGAAAAUGAAGGAGCA